AUGCUGGAUGAGCUGAAGCUGCCCGCGGACAGGGCGUCGGCCGGCUUCCCAGACCACCCCCACCGCGGUUUUGAAACAUGCUCCAUCAUGCUAUCCGGCCGCAUGGAGCACGCAGACAGCAUGGGCAACAAGGGCGUCAUCGGCCCGGGCGGCGUGCAGUGGAUGACGGCGGGGCGCGGCGUCGUGCACAGCGAGAUGCCUGUGGUGGAGGAGGGCCUGCUGCACGGCUUCCAGCUGUGGUGA